AAUCACUGUCACCCUUCCCUCCGGCGAGGCUAGGGUUCCGGCGAUGGUCGGGAUGAUGGCUGCGAGCUGGGAAGAGAGGGCUGCGACCCUCUUUACCUCUGCUAGAUCAUCCCUUGAUAUACCUUCCAAGAUGAAGCAGCUUCGACAGUUGAAGGAACUGCUCCAUCGUGAGCCUUCUCUGGUGCCUGAAUUCGCUGCCCGGCUUUCUGAGUUUCAGUCCGAUCGGGCAGCCCCCGCUCGUCGCUUCCUCGCCGAGAUGAUUGGUGAAGUGGCAACUAAGCAUAUAGAAGUUUUACCUGUUAUGGUUCCUGCAUUGAUAUCAUUUUUGAAGGACGAAACACCAGCGGUUGUUCGUCAAGCAAUAAAAACAGGAACUUUUCUAUUUCAGUAUGUUUUGGUAAAGCUUGCAAUUAAGGGUUUGUACUCAAGUGAACUGGAAGAAUCUCUAAAAGAAUCCUGGACAUGGAUGCUCAAUUUCAAAAAUGCAGUCUUAUCAGUUGUGAUUCAGGCUGGGAGUGAUGGAAUUAAACUGCUUGCAAUCAAGUUUGUUGAAGCAAUGAUUCUUGCUUAUACACCUGAUCCGAAUGGCUCUUCUGAUCCCCCUCAUGAAGUUGAUGAUGGCUCGGAAUUCAACAUAUCAUGGCUUAGGGGGGGUCAUCCUGUGCUCAGUGUUGGAGAUCUUGCCAUGGAAGCCAGUCAGAGCCUGGGAUUGUUGCUUGACCAGCUAAGGUUCCCUCAAGUGAAGUCACUGAGCAACUCAAUUGUAAUUGUGCUCGUUAAUAGUCUCUCAGCAAUUGCAAAGAAAAGACCUUCUUUUUAUGGACGGAUACUCCCUGUUUUACUUUGUCUCGAUCCAGCAAGUUCUGUUAUCAAAGGAGUGCAAGUCCCAGGUGCACACCAUGCCUUGAAGAAUGCCUUCGUGGCAUGCUUGAAUUGUACUCAUGCAAGUGCUAUGCCGUGGCGUGCUCGAUUGGUGGAAGCUCUCAAGGUGCUGAAUACUGGGGAAUUGGCAGAACAAGCAUCUGUUAACAAGAUAACUGGUAGUAUGACUGCUAUUUCAGAGGAUUCGUGUUCAACAAAGGAUGAUAAAGUCCCGUCACAAUCUUGUGAUGAGGCAGAGACGGAUAUCGGGCAGAAAAGACAUCUAAAUGAGCGCAACUGUGACAUCUCUCAAGAUGAUAAUAUUCCUGGCAAACGAAUCAGAUUGACAUCUCCCUCACUACAGGAAAUUAAGAGAGAACCAGUUGAUGCUUUUUCUGGUUCAAUCCCAAAUAACCCUUCUUUUGGUGGUUAUACGACUUCAACAAGUGACAGGGACUCCAAACCCGUUCUGCAGCUUGUUGGCAUGUUUGCUGCAUUGGUGGCACAAGGUGACAAAGCAGCACAGUCAUUGGAGAUUCUGAUUUCAAGUAUCUCAUCUGACUUGUUAGCAGAAGUAGUCUUGUCUAAUAUGCCAUAUCUUCCAUCCCGUUGUCCUAAAGUUGAAGAGGAGGAACAGUUGGUUUCUAGCGUUGGACGUCAUUUACAAAAUUUAGGUAGCAGCAAACAAAUGGGUGAUGUUACUUCAUUCUCAAGUGCAUUUCCCCUGAUAGCAUCUUUGUUGAAUGCUCAGUCCUCAACAUCUCAUAAUUAUGCUGAAUCACACCCUGUUGAUGAGGAGGAUGUGGGGAGAACAGUGGAUUCUGGUUUUGUGCCAAUUAUUGCUACUGAUUCAAUGAGUUCUCCUACAAUGAUCGACCCAAAUCCAUCUGAAAUGGAGAAAGCUACGCCAGCUACUCCCUUGUUUGAAGGCAAUGUACCAAAGGCUGAGAGUGAAAUACCUGGUUUGGAGUCCACCAGUUCCUUUGAUGAUGUCCAGGAAUCACCAGAAGCUUCUCAUACUUCUGUGGAUCUGCAAGUGUCAAAUAAAGAACAAACCUCAUCCUUGAGUGGAGUGUUGGCUGUUGAGAAUUCUUCAUCUGUUUGCACUACAAGCUAUGCUGCAGAAAACCUUGGCCUAAGAGAAGCUACUGCAGAUACUGGGGAGGUGCCAUCUGCAACUUCUCAUGUCAUCUCUGCCCAGUACUUGCUCUCUAAGAUGGUUAUUAUACCUGAUGCUACACUUACAGAUGAAGAGAAGGAUCAUCUUCAGAAACAGGCAUUUGUUCGCAUCCUUGAAGCUUACAAACAAAUUGAACUAUCUGGCAGCUCUUCUGUUCGCUUUUCCUUACUUGCUCACUUGGGAAUUGAGUUCCCUUUAGAGUUAGAUACAUGGGGGCUUCUACAAAAGCAUGCUCUAUCUGAUUAUGUGAAUCAUGAGGGACACGAGUUGACAUUGCGUGUGCUGUACAGGUUAUAUCGGGAGACUGAGCAGGACCAAGACUUCCUUUCAUCAAGAACGGCAACUUCUGUUUAUGAGAUGUUUCUUUUGACUGUGGCUGAAACACUUCGGGACACUUUUCCAGCUUCAGAUAAAUCACUUGGUAGGUUACUUGCUGAAGUGCCUUACCUUCCAGAAGGGCUAUUGAAGUUACUGGAAACGCUUUGCUCUCCUGAAAGUAAUGAGAAAAACGAUAAGGACUUCCACUGUGGUGAUCGUGUCACUCAAGGGCUAAGUAUUGUAUGGAGUCUAAUUUUGCUGAGGCCUUCCAAUCGGGAUAGAUGCCUUAAGAUAGCUUUACAGAGUACAGUACAUCAGAUGGAAGAAGUGCGGAUGAAAGCAAUACGUCUGGUUGCAAACAAACUUUUUCCUCUGCCGAGCAUUUCUAACAAAAUCGAAGUCUUUGCUAAUGAAAAGCUACAUUCAGUAUUGCAAGAUGCUGACAAGGAUACUAGUGGGUCAGUCACAUCAUGCAAGGAUACUGAUGUGGAAGAGACAGUUGCUGACAGUGAACUUGUAUCCUCAGCCAUGGAUUCAUCAUCCUACCCAAUUUUAGAAGCUCAACGUUCUAUGUCACUUUAUUUUGCACUUUGCAUCAAGAAGCAUUCCCUUUUACAGCAAAUUUUUGCUAUAUACAUUCGAAUGCCAAAGGCUGCAAAACAGGCAGUUCAUCGCCAUAUUCCCAUUUUGGUGCGCACAAUAGGAUGUCCACCUGAACUUCUUGGUAUCAUAUCAGAUCUACCAGCAGGAAGUGAGGCUUUACUCAUGCAGGUUUUACAGACAUUGACAGAUGGAGUUGUUCCAUCACAAGAUUUAGUUCUUUCAGUGAGAAAGCUAUAUAACUUGAAGCUGAAGGAUGUGGAGAUUCUUAUUCCAGUAUUAGCAUUUUUACCGAAAGAUGAGGUGCUUCCUAUUAUCCCGCAGUUUGUUAAUCUUCCCAUGGAUAAGUUCCGAGUUGCACUAGGGCGAAUCCUGCAGGGUUCCCAACAUGUUGGCCCUUCCCUCACUCCAGCUGAAGUUCUUAUUGCUAUUCAUGGAAUAGAUCCCGAGAAAGAUAUGAUACCGCUGAAAAAGGUUAUGGAGGCUUGCUCUGCUUGCUUCGAAAUGCGGGAUGUGUUCACCCAACAAGUUUUGGCAAAGGUCUUGAAUCAAUUAGUGGUACAGACACCGUUGCCUUUGCUAUUCAUGCGGACUGUUAUUCAGGCUAUUGGAGUCUUCCCUGCCCUGGUGGAGUUUGUGAUGGAGAUUUUAUCACGUCUUGUUAACAAGCAGAUAUGGAAAACCCCAAAAUUAUGGGUGGGGUUCCUGAAGUGUGCUGUGCAAACAAUGCCUCAGUCUUUUGGUGUGCUGCUGAAGCUACCAGCUGCACAGCUUGAGAAUGCCUUGAGCAAAAAUCCUGUACUCAAGUCUCACCUGAUAGAGCAUGCUAAUCAACCAAAUAUCCGAUCAACUCUACCCAGAUCUACCUUGGUAGUCUUGGGGCUUGAGCAAGAUUCACAACCUUGGCCCAAGACACAUGCAAGUCCAAACCAGGCUGCGGAGACGAGCAUGUCUGCUACUGAUGUAACAGCUACACCAAUGCAGGAGGAGUCUACAACAUUGAGCUGAGGCACAGGUAUUUUUACCUGUGCAUAUUAAGCUGUUUAUACUUGUAGUCUUGUCAUCAUUUGUUCCGAAAAAGAGCAAGUUUGAUCUAUAAUUUUUGUCAACAAGAUGUUCAGGCACUCACACACAUAUAUCCCAGAACAGCUUGUGUUUGUUCCAAGCUUCUACUCUUCCAGGACCAGGCAUUAACAUAGCAGCGGAGACCGUUGUAUUGCUUGCAUUUUGCAGUUUCUUUUGCAGUCUUAAAUGGAAUUGCAGUAAUGCAAAACUGGAAUAGGUUGCUGUCUUGACAGAUGAUAGCUUGCCAAACAUAGCUUGAUAAAAUUCUUAGGCAGUGCUAGGCACCAUGUAUAACUUAUGAUAAUAGUCAUUUUGGUCUUGUAUAAUGUAAAAAUGAGUAAAAUUUCCAUGUUUAAAAGAGAAGCUGUAGUAUAUGCAGGAUUUUGUUGUUAUC